GACGAAACUCCCGCACUAACAUCAUUUUGCAUCAAUCUUGCACCAUUUUGACGCGAAUAAAUUUGAGAGUACGCUGGUGAAUAAACUGGCGAACGAAGUGAUAUCGCCCGGAGGUACCUAUAAUUGAUCAAUGGAACUCGUAUGCGAGGAAUAAACUGAGAAAUAAAAACUUGUGCAGCUUCCCGAUUCGAAUGCGCAGCUUGAGGGAAAACACUGAUAAAACGCCACUGUGCAUUGUUAUUUACACAUGCGUCGGGCGAGGUACAGACAUGUUCCUAAUUGAGAAUUAAUUAAUUCCGAUGACACGCUUGAAUCUCGAUCGGAUUAAUCUCAACGAAAACAGGAACGAGCACAGAUCCUUAUACGUAACGGCUUUUAAUGGAUUGGCAAAUCGAUAGAACUUCCGUUUUUUUGCAAAUCUGCGAGUGUCAUCACGUUUUAAUUUAUGCCAACCAAGUGAGACUGUAGCUCCCAUUCCUCCGUCUGAAAGAAGAAUGAGCCCUUUUGCUUUACUUAUACAUCGUAAUGCCAAAGUAAGAUCUAUCGAGUAGCUAGCAACGACUUUGAUAAUUAAUCGACGGAGCUCGGCAGGAAAGGAAGAGGAAAAUAAAAGGGGAAGAUGAAAGCUUCUCGUUGUAGUGUUUCUUGACUCGCUUUUCUCGCUAGCAAGAAGCCUCGGGGGAUUCACCGAAAGAAAUUUCCGACCACCCGCCCACCCGGACUCUCACCCUCUGACAUUCGAUAUCGGUAAACUUGAAAAGAACAGCGCGGAGAUCGAUCGCGCUUUGAAAAAAACAAUCCUAUAUAAAUAUUCGGGUGGAAUGCCUCGAAAAUCGUUGCAGUUGCUCGACGGAGCACAAAUUAUCUUUGUCAGACGUCGAAUAGUGUGUCAUAUUUCUUAAUACGCGUUUCCAAUGAACGCUCGCAGCAGGUAGAUUUUAAAUUUCCCUGAAGUUCCGAGACUUUCGAAGCUUCGUACAAUCGCGAGACUUUCUUUCGAGCUGAAUUUUCCUUCAACAUCCGAAACAUUCAAGGAUCCGGGGAUUUUAAUAAGCCCGGAGUUUCAAGGUCGUAAACUUGAAGUAACUCUGCGUGCCACGUGCAACUUUAAAAAUAUACAAGAACAGUAAUAAUUUACUUAGCGCAUGCCUGGAAACGUUCCCCGAGCAUUAACGUUAUUUAAUGAAAUGCGAUUAUAGGCAGGAAAGGGAACUCGGUUUCAGAAGCGAGACUCACGAAUGGGAUGGAUCUUAUGCGUUUGUGGUAAACCCGACGCAGGAAUUUACAAAGGACUUCAAAGUCCGCGGAUAACUGGCAGGAUAACUGCACGAGAACGGCUUUCUACGAAUAAACUGCACUACGCCCAAAUUCGCAUUUGCUUAACAGUUCUCCGCAGCGGCGGUGGCAUCCCUAGCAGAAGUCUGGAGUUUACAAACUUCCACGGUAUUACCAGCGGCGUGAUGCACUAAUCUAAACAUGAAUCGCACUAUUCAAUUCAAUGCGACAAAGUUCCAUCCUGCGUUAAGUUCCGCACCGCCAACUGCACUUACGUAACUGCUAAACGAGCUGGGAUAUACCACUCGAUAGCAAUUUCGAUAUUUGCAACGAGAACGAUGAGAAUUCCAUAUUGCGACGCGAUUAUAUCUAGCGCAUUCUAUCAUGAGCGAUUCUAUCGGCGCAAUCGGAUCGUUUAUCUGAGUCUUAUUUUUUUUUAUUUUUGUCAAUUUGUACCGAUUCUUCACCAUUUCGGAAUCGGAGCGGAUUCAACUGUCCGAUUUAAUUUUCAGUGAAAAUUACUGAAAAUUCAAUUAUUCGUUAAUUAAACAUUCUUAGAAGCGAUCUUACGGAAAUGCUUGACAUUAAAAUAAAUUAACAUGUAAAAUCAUUUGAUAAAGAGAAAAUAAUUCCAUGAAGAACAUAAAAUACACCAUUUAACUAAAUAAAGAGUCAAUUAACAUUAAAUCAAUUAUUAACUAGUAAAACAAUUAAUAAUAAUAUAACGGUUAAUAUUUUCUGAUCAGUGAUAACAGUGAAAAUAAAGUAAUAGCGUACAACAUUACUUUAUUCUGCAAAUCAUGAUUGCUGUCAGGCAAAAACGCAUUAUGUGUUGCAUUUUCAUGAGGUUUUAGGUUGCGAGAGCGAUACGCAUUUGCGUACGCAACGUCCGCCGAGAAAGACGUCACUUGAUUUGUCUCCUUGUGAUCAUUACCGAUUUGGUAGUACUAACAGCUACUUCAAAGUGUUAACGAUUUCAGAUUAAAAAAAAAACGAGAAUAUAUCGUGGUGUCUAUUGCUGCAAUCGCCUCUCGGGAUAUUAUUUGUUUCUGGCCGACUAGGAUACCAUGGCGAAGAUCGUUUACACAGCCGACGAAGUCGCCCGUCACGAUAACAUAAACGACUUGUGGGUAGUGAUGAACAGGAAAGUCUACGAUCUCACACGGUUUGUGAAGGAGCAUCCUGGUGGCGAGGAGGUGUUGCUGGAAGUCGCUGGUAGUGACGGAACAAAAUGCUUCGACAGUAUCGGUCAUUCCGAGGAGGCGAAAUUACGUCGGAAAAUAUACAUGAUCGGAGAAUUGGCGGAAGGUGAAACAGCGAGUAAGAAGGUGAAUCAGCUGGAGAAGAAAGCAGAGAAAAAGGAACCAACGAUCGAUAACGAUGAUUGGCAGUACGAAGAAGUGAAGGAGAAAAAAUCGUACUACCUUCCAUUAUUUAUUGGCAUCGCCGUCGUAGUUUAUGCUAUUAUAAUUAAGUAUUUAUGGUGAAAUGUAAAAUACGUAACACGAAGCAUAAUUGAAUAACAACUCAAGGUGAUCAGAGAGAAAAGAAUACACGUUAAAGAUAUUCUGACAAUCCCGCUGAUAACGUAUAAAUAAACUUUGUACUGACUAUCUUACUUAUCAUGUUUGUAUAAUUAACUUUAUGCUUUGGAAUGCAACUUGUAAUGAGGUGACUACUAUAAAAAUAGGAUAUCUAAACGAGCAGUUCAAAAUUCGAGUGUAUGUAGUUUCAUUGUAAUGCCUAACUUUGCUAAAUCAGACUUAUCCAUAGAGAAGAUAUGCUUUUACAUAUACAAUAUGUAAAAUUCGUUGCAAAGAACAUGCGACACAAGAUCUUAAAAUACACUAGUUAGUAGA